AUGUUCAUCUCUGUUAGAAGGAGGUUCUUCACAGUUCUUCUUCAGGCUCAGAGGACCUUCCAACCCUCCAGAAAGAUGAGACUGGUUCAGUUCCAGGCCCCUCAACUGGCAGGACCUCGCCUGGGCCUUGAGUCAGGGAAUAACCAGGGAGUCAUCGACCUUAAUGCCUUUGAUGCCUCACUCCCAAAGACGAUGAUUGAAUUCCUGGAGCAGGGAGAGGCUGCCCUCUCAGUAGCGAGGAGAGCCCAGAAUGCUGCACUGCCAGUUCUGGCGCGGUCAGAGGUGACCUUCCUGUCCCCAGUUACUCGGCCAGACAAAGUGGUGUGUGUGGGCAUGAACUAUGUGGACCACUGCAAAGAGCAACAUGUGCCCGUGCCCAAGAAACCCAUCAUCUUCAGCAAGUUCCCCAGCAGCAUCGUGGGGCCCUAUGAUGAUAUCGUCCUCCCGCUGGAGAGCCAGGAGGUGGACUGGGAAGUGGAACUGGCUGUGAUCAUUGGGAAGAAAGGCAAGCACAUCAAGGCCACAGAUGCCAUGGCUCACGUGGCUGGCUUCACUGUGGCACAAGAUGUGAGUGCUCGAGACUGGCAAAUGAAAUACAAUGGAAAGCAGUGGCUGCUGGGAAAAACCUUUGACACUUUCUGCCCACUGGGUCCUGCCUUGGUGACCAGGGACAGCGUACCAGACCCACACAACUUGAAGAUCAGUUGUCGAGUCAAUGGCGAAGUGAUGCAGAGCAGCAGCACCAGCCAGAUGGUAUUUAAGACUGAAGAGCUGAUUGCCUGGGUCUCCCAGUUCACCACUCUUUACCCAGGGGAUGUCUUCCUGACUGGGACCCCCCCAGGUGUUGGUGUAUUCAGGAAACCUCCAGUCUUUCUCAAGAAGGGAGACGAAGUCCAGUGUGAGAUCGAAGAACUAGGCAUCAUCAUCAACAAGGUGGUAUGA